GCCCAGAAAAGUAUCAUUCGCUGAUCCAGUUCACUUCUGUAAAGAACUACCAAUCAGCACUCCCAGCAAAAUGGCCUUCAAGUUUGUCUUCGCCCUCGCCUUCGUCGCCGUGGCCAGCGCCGGUUACGCCCCCAUCGCCGCCCCCCAGGUGUACCACGCCGCCCCAGCAGUGGCCACCUACGCCCACGCCCCCGUGGCCGUGGCCCAGAAGGUCGUGGUCAAGGCCGCCGAGGAGUACGAUCCCCAUCCCCAGUACCGCUUCUCGUACGGAGUGGACGACAAGCUGACCGGCGACAACAAGGGACAGGUGGAGGAGCGCGACGGCGAUGUGGUCCGCGGAGAGUACUCCCUGAUCGACGCCGAUGGCUACAAGAGGACCGUCCAGUACACCGCCGACCCCAUCAACGGAUUCAACGCCGUGGUGAACCGUGAGCCCCUGGUCAAGGCCGUCGCCGUUGCCCCUGCUGUGGUGAAGACCAUCGCCGCUCCCGUUGCCCACUAUGCCGCCCCUGCCGUUGUGAAGACCGUGGCUCCAGUGGCUCACUAUGCCGCCCCCGCUGCCUACACCUCCUACGCCGCCCCUGCUGUGGUCAAGACCGUGGCGCCAGUGGCUCACUAUGCUGCCCCCGCUGUGGUGAAGACUGUGGCUCCAGUUGCUCACUAUGCUGCCCCCGCUGUGGUGAAGACUGUGGCUCCAGUGGCCCACUACGCCGCCCCCGCUGCCUACGCCUCCUAUGCCGCCCCAGCCCACUAUGCCGCCCCAGCUGCCACCUACACCUCGUACUCGGCUCCCGCCGUGGCCUACCACCGGCAGUUCAAUUAUUAUUCAAACCACGAACUCCACAGAAGGAGGACAAAGUCUCGCUUCUUUCGCUCUGCAAUUCGCCCACUAACCUCAAACACUCGCAAAAUGGCUUUCAAGCUCAUUGCUCUGGUUUCCUGCUGCCUGGCCGCCGUCUCCGCGGGAAUUAUCCCUGUGGAGCACCACGAACAGCAGCCCCAGCUGUACCAGGCCCACCAGCCGCAGCAUGUGAUCUACCAGAAGCAGCACGAGAUCCAUCCCCACGGCCACGAGGUGUAUCCCGACGAUCCCCAUCCCAAGUACAACUUCGCCUACGAUGUGCAAGACGCCCUGUCCGGGGACUCAAAGAGCCAGGUGGAGUCCAGGGAUGGCGAUGUGGUCCAGGGCGAGUACUCGCUGGAUGAUGCCGAUGGCUUCCGCCGCACGGUGAAGUACACCGCCGACUCUGUCAACGGAUUCAAUGCCGUCGUCCACCGCGAACCCCUGGCCCAUGUGCAUCACAAGGUGGUGGCUGCUGCUCCGGCGGUGCCUGUUCAAUACCACCACGCCCCUGCCGCCCCCGCUGCCGUGAUCAAGAGCUACGCUGCCCCCGCCCCCACUCAUGCCUAUGUGGCCCCCACCUAUGCCGCCCCCGCCUACACCGCCCCCGCCUACACCGCCCCUGCCUACACCAACCACCAGGCCGAGCAGCCCCAGGAACAGGAUCACCAGCAGCACCACUACGCCAGCUACGAGUCCCCCGCCCACUCGCAGGCCGCCCACGAGGGUCACGAGUACUACCACCACCAGUAAGGGGCUCCCACCGCAGAUCACCUGACAAGCGAAAGUAUUAUCCCGCAUACAUCCCACUACGAUAACUCAUUUAGCCCAUUAAUCUAGUUAUGUUGAUUAGUUUUAACCCCAAUGUAAAUAUUUUCAAUAAAAUUUUCAAAUACCUAUAUAAA